UCCCGAAAGCCAUUGUUCAAGAAAGCUCCCUACCUUAAAUUUCUCUGUGGUUCUUCGAGCUGGAUUCUCUAUACUUGCUGCUGCUGGUUCAGUGGCUUCGUCGACUAGUCCUUCCCCUUUCCCAUCUCCAUCUCGACAAUUUCCUUCUCUCGCUGUUGUUGUGAUUGGGUAGCUCCUACUUUUUAUUUUUUUUGGGUAUCAUGGUUUUCGGGUAUCAUGGUUGGUGUUAUCGAGAGGGAUUAAUUUCCAAAUUGGAGGCCUUGGGCGAUGUGAUGGCGUCCCGGUUCUCUCAGUCAACGGUGUCCGUGGGGCCGAAUGGCUUUGACCACUGCGGCCCUUCCUCCAGCAGCGGAGAUGGCGAUUGUGGCAGGAGCAACCUUUCGUCUUUGCCGCAAAAUGUCGUCUUGUGCGAGCUCCAUCAUGGGGGGUCCGAGGCACGCGUGCCCUGCACCCCGUCGGAGGGAGGAUUAGUCUCGAAAUGGCGCCUUAAGAACCGGAUUAAAACAGGAUGUGUAGCUAUUGUCUUAUGUUUAAACAUAAGUGUUGAUCCACCUGAUGUCAUUAAGACAUCUCCUUGUGCCAGAAUGGAGUGCUGGAUAGAUCCACUUUCCAUGCAACCACGAAAAGCUAUUGAAACAAUUGCUGAAGCUUUGAAAAAACAGUAUAGAAGGUGGCAAUUGAAGUCCGAGCAGGGUUCAUAUCAGGGGAAACUUGAUCCUACCAUUGAUGGAGUAAAGAAACUGUGUACUACGUGUCGCCAAUAUGCCAAGUCUGAGAGAGUUUUGUUUCAUUACAAUGGUCACGGUGUUCCAAAGCCAACUACAAACGGUGACAUCUGGGUUUUCAACAAGAGUUAUACACAGUAUAUGCCCCUGCUGAUUAGUGAACUUGAUUCUUGGUUGAGGACGCCAUCGAUAUAUGUCUUCGAUUGCUCUGCUGCUGGUUCGAUAGUCCAUGCAUUUAUAAAGCUUAAUGACUGGUGUGCUGCUCGUACCAGUGAGUCCACAAGGGAUUGCAUUAUUCUGGCGGCCUGCGAAGUACAUGAGACCCUCCCUCAGAGCGCUGAAUUUCCUGCUGAUGUCUUUACGUCUUGCCUCACCACCCCCAUUAAGAUGGCUUUAAGAUGGUUGUGUACCAGAUCACUUCUAUCGGAGUCCCUUGAUUAUUCUCUGAUUGAUAAAAUUCCUGGACGGCCAGAUGAUCGCAAGACACCUCUGGGAGAACUGAAUUGGAUUUUUACUGCGGUGACUGAUGCUAUUGCUUGGAAUGUCCUCCCUCAUGAUUUGUUCCAAAGGUUGUUCAGACAAGACCUUUUGGUAGCCAGUUUGUUCCGAAAUUUUUUACUUGCUGAAAGAAUCAUGCGUUCGGCUAACUGUUCGCCAAUAUCUCACCCAGCACUGCCACCAACGCAUCAGCAUCAUAUGUGGGAUGCAUGGGACAUGGCUGCCGAAAUCUGCCUUUCGCAGCUUUCGUCUUUGGUUGAAGAUUCUGGUGCAGAAUUCCUGCCAAGCCCUUUUUUCACCGAACAGCUAACGGCAUUUGAGGCAUGGCUUGAUCAUGGGUCUAAACACAAAAAACCACCAGAGCAGUUGCCUAUUGUUCUUCAGGUUCUGCUCGGCCAGAGUCAUCGAUUUCAGGCACUUGUUCUCCUCGCAAGGUUCCUUGACAUGGGACCUUGGGCUGUGGAUCUGGCCUUGUCAGUUGGAGUAUUUCCAUAUGUCCUAAAGCUGUUGCGCACCCCAACUCCGGAACUGUGGCAUAUCCUUCUAUUUGUUUGGACAAAAAUUCUUUCCCUUGACAAGUCAUGUCAGGUGGAUUUAGUAAGAAUCGGAGGGCACACAUACUUCAUUAGGUUUCUCGAGAGUAGGGAAGCGUAUCCCGAACAUUGUGCGAUGGCGGCCUUUGUUUUGGCCGUCAUUGUGGAUGGCCAUCGUAGGGGUCAGGAAGUAUGUGUUGAAGCAGAUCUCAUCCAUGUCUGCUUGAGGCACCUGCGGAGUCCAAAUCCAAACGGCACGCAGACUGAUCCGUUGUUCCUUCAAUGGCUCGCUCUUUGUCUGGGAAAGAUUUGGGAGGAUUUUCUGGAGGCCCAAAUGAUUGGUGUGGCGGCAAAUGCCCCUGCUAUAUUUGAUCCUCUAUUAUCCGAGCCCCAACCGGAGGUCAGGGCUUCUGCUGUUUUUGCACUGGGUACCCUACUUGAUGUUGGGUCCGACUCUGGUACAGAUGGUGUUUCUAGAGACGAAGAAUAUGAUGAUGGUGAAAAGACUAGGGCUGAGAUUAGCAUUAUCAAAAGCCUCUUGAGCGUUGUUUCAGAUAGCAGCCCACUGGUGAAGGCAGAGGUCGCUGUAGCAAUCGGACGGUUUGCUUUUGGUCACAACGAGCACCUUAGGUCAAUUGCUACUGCCUGCUGGAAACCUCAGUCUAGUUCUUUGCUGACUUCUUUACCUUCAUUGGCACAAAUAAGAGGCACUGGCAGUGGAUGUACUCCAAUCCAGCUUGGAAGUAUUGUUUCAUCUCAAAUGGGUCCCUUACUUAGAUCUGGCAGUAAUAGUUCAUGGAUUCGGGAUAGUAGGGUCUCAUCUAGCAACCCUCUUGUUGCUUCUGGAGUUAUGCAUGGAUCUCCGUCGUCAGAUGAUUCAUCUGAGAACUCCGAUUCUGCACUGGUCAAUGAUGGUGUGAGCAAUGGUGUCGCCAACAGUUUCACGCCAAAACCACUUGAUAAGGCUAUCUAUUCCCAGUGCAUCUCGGCAAUGCGCACUUUGGCAAAGGAUCCAUCACCACGCACAGCAAGUCUUGGCAGGCAUGUGCUUUCUAUUAUGGGUAUUGAGCAAGUGGAGACAAAAUCCUUAAAAAACUCCAGCAUUAGUGUGCGGCCUGGUGAAACUGUAACAGGAUGCCCUAGUCUUGCUGGUCUAGCACGGUCCACUUCAUGGUUUGACAUGCGUGCAAUGGGUCACUUUCCCUUAACAUUUAGAACUCCUCCUGUUAGCCCUCCUCAGCCAAGUUAUUUAGGAGGAAUGCGAAGAGUUUGCUCUUUGGAGUCCAGGCCAUAUUUGACGAGCUCUCCAGAAUCUGGCUUAGCUGAUGCUGUUUUAGCUUCUGGAGGAACUACAGGGGCUCCAGAGCGCAGUUUCCUUCUGCAAUCGACUAUUUAUAAUUGGAGUUGUCGCCACUUCUCUAAGCCAAUUCUUACUGCGGCUGAGGAUGGUGAAGAAAUAUCAGCUAGAAUGGAAGAGGGAGAAAUUCGCACUUGAGCACAUGGAUUAAUGCCAGCACUCUUGCGACAAGAAAUGAAUCCUACUUUUGGGAUGACAGUGAGUCCUCAUCAUUUUCCUUAUAGUCACUGCGUCAUAAAAUAUGCGUCCCCCUACCCUUUUUUAGUUUCUUCUCUUUUUCUUUCUUGACUUUCAGCUGCUGUAAGCUUAAUAGCCAAAUUGCUAGCUGGGAUAACAGAUUUGAGAUGGGAACAAAAGCAGCCUUGUUGCAACCAUUUUCUCCCAUUGUGAUAUCUGCAGAUGAGAAUGGAGGCGUUAUCUAUAGCAUGUUCUGUUUAAUGA